AUGAAUAAAGAAAAUUUCCGCUUCUACAUUAAAGUGCGUACUACGCUCAAUAUCCAAGCCAAUGAUAUUCACGAAGAACUAUGCAGUACUUGUGGUGAUGAAACACCUUCUCUUAAGAUCAUUGAAAAAUGGUCUAAAGAGUUUCGUGAAGGUCGAGAAGAAGUUGAAGACGAGAUACGAGCUGAUUGUCUUGUUAUUGAAACAACAUCCGAAGAUAUUGAACAAGAAGUAAAAGAACCACAUAAACAAAAUGAAGAAGUACGAAAUAUGCCAGAAUUAGUUCGUGAUUUUCUUGAUCCAGCUAAAUUUUAUCAACAAAUAAAAACCAUUUGUGGUAUUAAUUUUUUUUGUGGUGUACCAGAUUCUUUACUCAAAGAUUUUUGUGCUUAUGUAACAAAAAAUGUUCCAUCUAGUCAUCAUAUUAUUACUGCUAAUGAAGGUUCUGCUGUUGGUCUUGCUUGUGGUUCAUAUAUGGCAACAGGACAACCGUCAUUAGUCUAUUUACAAAAUUCUGGUUUGGGCAAUAUUGUGAAUCCUAUUAUAUCUCUUGCAACACCAGGUGUUUAUAGUUUACCAAUGUUAUUAUUAAUUGGUUGGCGUGGUGAACCAGGUAAACCAGAUGAACCACAACAUUGUGUUCAAGGACCUGCAACACCUAGUAUUCUUGCUGCACUUGGUAUUCCUUUUCAAUUAUUACCGAAUAAUCAUGAUAGCGCUUGUCAAGUACUUGAAAUAGCUAAACAUUAUAUGGAAACAGCAAAAGGUCCUUAUGCAUUACUUGUUAAACGAGAAACAUUUUUACCAUAUUCAUUAUCUAAAAUGAAUGUUGAUGUCGAAGCUAGAUUAACUUUAACACGUGAACAAGCAUUAGAAUAUGUUAUGAAUCAUUUUCAAUAUCAAGAUAUUGUUGUUAGUACAACGGGAAUGCUUAGUAGAGAAUUAUUUGAACUUCGAAUGAAACAUCAUGAUGGACAUGAACAAGAUUUUUUAACUGUUGGUGGAAUGGGUCAUGCAUCAUCAAUUGCAUUAGGUAUUGCUAUUCAAAAACCAAAUCGAACUAUAUAUUGUUUGGAUGGUGAUGGAGCUGUUCUAAUGCAUAUGGGUAUUUUAGCAAAUAUUGGUGAAGUUACACCAUCAAAUUUUAAACAUAUUAUAUUUAAUAAUGGUGCACAUGAUAGUGUUGGUGGUCAACCAACAGUUGCUUGUAAUUAUGAGAAAUUUUCAUUUUGUCACAUAGCUCAGGGUUGUGGUUAUAAACAUGUAAUGAUAGCUACAAAUCAAAUUGAAAUAAAUGAAGCAAUGAAAAAAAUUCAUGAAAUUAAUAGUGAUGGUCCAAUUUUACUUGAACUUCGAAUUCGAACUGGUCAUAGAAAAAAUUUAGGUCGACCAACACGAUCAACUAAUGAAAAUAGAAAAGAUUUUAUGUAUUUUUUACAAUUGAAUUAA